AUGCACGCACUGAUAUAUUCAGUAGUUUUUUUAUUCGUUCAUCUCUUAUGUGUACCAGCAACAUCAAUUGAAGAUGUUAAACCUGUUUCAAAAGCAGCAAGAAAAAAUCCUGUUGCAUUACCCAGUUAUUCAAAAUUAUUAACCCUUUUGAAAAAUCGAGAAACAAAAUUUUAUGAAAAUGAUGAUGAUGAUGACGACAACAGUAGCGAUCAGAAUGAUGAUGACAUAUCACGUCAAAGGAAGCAAUUAACAUCAGCAAAUCGGCUAUUUUUUCUUUUUCCUAUCCAACGUGCUACUCGUCGAAGUCGACCAUUAUAUACCUAUGGACAAAAAUCUCAUUGGGAUACGUUUUUUGGAUAA